UGGAAGCUGCUCUCUCGUGGGGCGGCUUAAACCCUUCUGGAGACGGCGUUGUUUAGAACGUAUUUAUAAACAUUUGCCUAAAACCCGUAGGCACGGUGAAGAGAGGCAAAGGGAUGGCUUGGCGCUGCGGAUCUCUUUCAAGGUCACUGCUUUCCACUGCGAGAGCUUCAUCCUCGGUACGUUCUUCCCCCUCGCUCACGCGCCUCCGGCCGCCGUCUCUUAACGCCAACCGCCUCCGGUCUCCCCUUCAAGUCUUCUCAAAUGCCAGGAAUUUAGGAGAAUUGGGAUGCAUGCAGUCUCUUCUGCCGCUGCACAGCGCAGUGACCGUCACUUGUCUCACGUCACACCUCGUGGUUGAAGCGCGCGCUUGCUGCGAGUUGUCUCAGGGUACUUGAACUGGCUUGGGAUCUGCACAUCAGGUGCUGUUGCUUGUGAGGGUUAGAAUUAUGUGGUCUGCGGAUUUUGUUUUGGGGUCUCCUGUUUGUUUUCAGCAUGGAUGGAGUACUUUGGUGGAGGGUAGAGGAAAUUGUUUUAGAAUUUUAGCGAAUUGAUGAUUUUUGUUCUUAAAUUAUUAUGUAUUUUAUUUGCCUCAAUCACUCAGAGGUGAGUUGGGUUCCUAAAAAACAGAAUAAAGAAUAAAAAGAAACGAGUAUAUUUUUGUUUUUGAGAGAGGAAAUGGCCAAGCAAUUUAUUCUUCUGCUUGAAAUUAACGAGGAAGUUCUUUUAGAAUUUUAGCAAAUAGAUGAUUUUUGUUCUGAGACUA